GGUUGAGAGUGAGUCUGAAGAGAGAGAGAGAAAGAGAGAGCGAGAGAGAGAGAAGGAUCUCCCAGCUUGAUGCGCAAAACAUCCCGCUACCACAUGCUGUGCUCCAUGGCCAACUCGGGCUGUCUGCUUCUCUCCGGGUCUGGGAUGCUACCUCACUCCCUCCAGUGCCCCCCGGCAUUCCUCUACCUUCCCGAGGGUAACCAAGAGGCCACAGCCCCCCCAGAAGCGAUGGCCCAGCCGUACCCGCCUGCCCAGUACCCCCCUCCUCCGCAGAACGGGAUCCCGGCGGAGUACGCGGCACCCCACCCCCACCCCACGCAGGACUACACGGGCCAGAGCACGGUGCCCGAGCACGCCAUGACCAUCUACACGCCCACACAGACACACAGCGAGCCGCCUGGCACCGACAGCAGCACACCGUCCCUCACCGGCACGACGACAGUACCGCAGGCAGACGACGUGGCGCAGACAGAGGGCUCCCAGCAGCUACAGCCCUCGGACUCUUCAGAGAAGCAGCAGCCCAAACGGUUACACGUCUCCAACAUCCCCUUCCGCUUCCGAGACCCGGACUUACGGCAAAUGUUUGGGCAAUUCGGGAAGAUUUUAGAUGUGGAAAUUAUUUUUAACGAGCGGGGCUCCAAGGGCUUCGGAUUUGUAACUUUCGAAACGAGCGCGGACGCCGACCGCGCGCGGGAGAAACUAAACGGUACAAUCGUAGAGGGACGCAAAAUCGAGGUAAACAAUGCAACAGCAAGAGUAAUGACCAACAAGAAGGUGGCUAACCCUUACACAAAUGGGUGGAAGCUGAAUCCAGUGGUGGGAGCUGUCUACGGGCCUGAAUUUUAUGCAGUAACUGGCUUCCCCUACCCAACCACAGGGGCGGCGGUGGCCUACAGAGGGGCCCACUUGAGAGGCCGGGGUCGUGCCGUGUACAACACAUUCCGCGCCGCACCCCCGCCCCCACCCAUCCCAGCCUAUGGAGCGGUGGUUUACCAGGACGGCUUUUACGGCGCAGAAAUUUAUGGGGGUUACGCCGCGUACAGAUACGCCCAGCCUGCCGCAGCCGCGGCUGCCGCCUACAGUGACAGUUACGGCCGAGUCUAUGCAACGGCAGACCCCUAUCACCACACAAUCGGCCCUGCUGCCACGUACAGCGUCGGAACUAUGUAAAUAAAAACAAAGAAUACAGUAUCGAGUAACGAAGGACAUCAAUGGAAAGGAACGGGAAACAACAAGGAUGAAAGGGGGAAAAAAAGCUUUGAAAACACCAACGAAAACCGACAAAAACAAAAACAACAAUUUAAAAAAAAGAAAAAACACAAAAUAAACAAAGGAAUCCUUCUACCGAGGCUGACAGGGGGGCGGACUGAGCGCACGCAGAACUGUGCCAUGGCGACUACGUCAACGCGAGCCAGGAGCGGGGGGAGGGGGCUUCCCCCUCCGACAGCCGUGCUGGGGUGGAAGACGAGACGAGCUGAAGUGUGGUCAGUCAUCAUAAAACUUUUUAUUUUUCUAAACUUUUUUAAGUUUAUGAUUUCCAAAAAAAAAAAAAAAAGUAGAGAAAAGUGUAUAUAAUAUAUAUGUAUAAAUAUGUUUUAAAAAAAAGGGAAUUAAAAAUAAAAAGA